AUGGAGCCCCCUUCUGAAUCUUCUGGGGACGCCAAUAACGGUCUGCAAAGACUGGUGGAAAUCGGCCAACCAGUGGACAUAGGUCUUGCUAGCCAAAUCUGUCUCAAAGUCCACGAAAUCUUAAACGAAGCCCGACGCAGGAUAUCUUCUGGGACGAAGGUACAAUCCUCCAACCAUUCUAAGCGCAUAGGCAACGAGGCUGAGCGCUUUGCACUAUGGAUUGACGGAUUUUCUGUGUCAUCCGGGCAGCUAGACGAUAUCCUCGACAACUCCAAGGAGUUACGUAUCGCGGUUUAUCCGUUGCUAUAUGAGUUGGGAAAGACAGUCUAUCAUGGUUCGAUCGAGUCGAAGAUGCUGUCCCUUGGCAAUCGGGAGUCGUCUCUGAAGCUUGAAAAGCUCCGUACGCUCCUAUCAGAGCUUUCAAGCACGUCAGAACUUGCAGUCGACCACAGCGACGAUGGCUCAUCGGAAGACGGAAGAAGUAUUGCUAGCGACGCGCAGGACAUACUGGACGACGUGGCGUUCUUUGUGGAUUCUCUGAUGGAUCUGUCCCCGGCACUGGAGUCUCCGAUUCUGGAUCUCGGUUUAAAGGAGCCGGUCACGCCUGCAGAGCAUGGUUUGCAAGCCCCGUCAAGUUUCGCGGAAACAUACAGUGCCAACCCCAACACUCGCCAGUCUGAUUCGGGCCAUGGAUCGCGCGAGGUCCCUUCUUCAGCAUUUUGCUUCUCAGCCAUGCACCUCAAAUUUGGCUGUUUUAUGGCCUUCAUUGCGUUGGUAUCUGGUGCUGCGACCCAGAAAAAGGAGCAGUUCGAAUGUGGCAACGAGGAGCCGUCAGUCGAGCAUAUGGAGAUCUCCAAAGUACUCGCUCAACAAGAGGCGUUGGAGUCCAGCAACGGAACAUUACGCUUGGCUGCUUCUACAAUCACUGUCGAGACCUACUUUCAUGUCGUCGCUUCUUCUAGAUCAGUGGCAGGCGGCUGGCUCACUGAGAGGAUGCUGUCCGAACAGCUGGAUGUCAUGAGGGAAAACUUCGAACCCCAUGGAAUCAGCUUCGAUCUCAUCCAAACUACCCGGACUGUCAACACCAAAUGGUCCAGAAACGGCGACGCCACAGCAAUGAAGCGCUCUCUCCGCCAGGGCAGCUACCGAGCCCUCAACUUGUAUUUCCUGCAAGACUUGCCUUCGGUCUACGGUCGCUGCACCUUGCCUGAGAACGUCAGGUUGGGUUCGAGGGCGUUUGUGGACGACGGCUGCACCAUUCGUUCCACAACUCUGCCUGGCGGCAGUGAAACCGGCUCUAAUUAUGGGAAAACGACUGUUCAUGAGAUCGGCCAUUGGCUUGGUCUUUAUCACACCUUCAAUGGCAACAGCUGCACUGGUAGCGGCGACUACGUCUCGGAUACUCCUGCUCAAGCAAGCGCAAGCAUGGGUUGUCCCACUGGUCGUGACUCCUGCCCCGGGCAGCGGGGUCUCGAUCCUAUCCGCAAUCAUAUGGACUACUCCAGUCAUGCUUCUCGCAGUCGCUUGAUAUCUCCAGAUUACACCGAUCCCGGUAGCAAUGCGGCGCGACCAGACCAAGCUUACCCUUCGGUCGAGUCUGCUGAGAGCCAGGAGAAUUGUCAGCCCUCGGCAAGUUACACCUUCAACAUCAGUCUUGCUCGGACGCAUCUCAGAGCACAAGGCAUAGCGAUGACCGACAGCGACAAGCAAGGUUCCUCAUUGUCAACUGACCCAACUCGCCCAUCCUCCCCUUCUAUUCAUACACCUUUGGAGUUCGGUGUUGGUUCAGUUGAUCCCUUGUGGUUGAUUGAUGAAAAAGAGGCGAUCCGACUUUGCGAUCUUUACGAGGCCGAGAUUGGGAUCCAGUACCCGUUUCUCAAUAUGACAAAGCUGGUUGACAACGUCCGAACUUUGUACAGAGCCAUGGCUACUGGAUCUCAGAAUGGCUUCGCGUUUACAGCCAUGCCGGGGCCCACGGUCAUUGACCCUCUAGAUUUGGACUUGAUCAAAAUGGUCAUCUCCGCCGGGUCAGUUGUCGAAGCCGGUGGAUCUAGUCAGCUUGGUAAAGCUUUGUUCCUUGGUGUCAGGAAGGCAUCACAUGACAAACUGUGGGAGCCGGCUGGGAUAAAGAACACAAUGCUCUUCGUUCUUCUGGCCAUCUACAGCUUUAUGACCGGCGAUGACCUGCAAGCCUGGAGAUUGGUGGGAAUCUCGGCCCGAUGGUGUCUUGAGAUUGGCCUUCAUCAAUCGGCAACAGUCAAUAGGCUUUUCAGAGAGGAAGAGCAACAGAAGGUGGCACUCAGACUCUUCUGGUGUGUUUACACUUUAGACCGACGGUGGGGAUUCGGUGCCGGCCUGCCGUUUGUCAUGCAUCAUUGCGAUGUUGAUAGAAAUCUGCCAGAACCGGACGAUGCCGUUCCGUAUUUGAAGGCAAUGGUUGCCUACAGCCAGAUCGGCAAUAAGGUGUGGUCCACAUCAUACAACUCCGCUAGGACGACCGGAGCAGUUCGGGAUGAUGAGAUAUCGUACCUGCUUUACUUGAUAGAUCGAUGGUACGAAGAGCUCCCAGAAAGUCUCAGACUCAGCCAAGACUGGGAAUCGCGCGAAUGGACUCAGGCGACGAGAGUUCCUCAGCGGCUUCAGCUCCUUCUACACCUACGAACCAACCAGAUGAAGAUCUUACUUCUCCAACCAAUCCUCCACUCUCCAUCCAGCCUGAAAGCCAACAAGUCGAAGGUCCAAUCACUUAUCAGAUUUGCCAAAGAUACCAUUCGGAAACUGCACUCUCUUAACAAGUCGACGGACAUAUACCAGACACAGCAGAUGUGUUUCAAUCACUUUUUGGUAUCUGCUUUGGGGGUCAUCUUCUUGGUCGUGGCACUCGCGCCUUCCGAGUAUGGGUCAACGGUCCGCGACGAGUUCCAUGUUGCACUUGACCUGAUCCGCGGCCUCAGCGCGAAGUCCUACGUUUCUAUCGGCGGAGGACCGAGAGACUCGCGCUCAGCGCAGUUUGGCCGCAACACCUCCACCGUCCUCGAGCAACGUCGAUCAUUCGCCGCAAGAUGUAUCACAGACGAGUGA